GGCUUCUGGGACCCUGCUGGGUUCACGGCGGAUGGUAGCACGGCUAACUUCGCCCGCCGGCGCCAGACCGAGCUGAAGCACGGCCGCGUGAGUAUGCUGGCGACGAUGGGCUACAUCACCCCAGAGAUUACCGGCAAGCUGCCAGGGUACUUGUCGCCGUCCGCGGGCCUGAAGUUCGCGGACAUCCCGAACGGGCUCGGUGCGAUCUCCAAGGUUCCCGCGGCGGGCUGGGCGCAGAUCGUGGCGUACGGCGCGUUCUGCUGCGAGCUGUCCCCAGGACCAGUCCGCUGGCACCGCUGCCGCGGGUGACUUCGGGUUCAAGGUGCUGACGUCCAGCGAGCCGGGGAGAAGCAGAAGAAGUUGGCAGCUGAGAUCGCCAACGGUCGUCUGGCCAUGAUGGCGAUCAUCGGCAUGUUCUUCCAGGACGGCCUGACCGGCUCUGCCUGGGGCGACUGGGCGCUCUACACUGGAUCCCGCUGCGCGCGUUCGAGAGCGAGCUGGGCGUGCAGGACCCAGUUGGCUUCUGGGACCCUGCUGGGUUCACGGCGGAUGGUAGCACGGCUAACUUCGCCCGCCGGCGCCAGACCGAGCUGAAGCACGGCCGCGUGAGUAUGCUGGCGACGAUGGGCUACAUCACCCCAGAGAUUACCGGCAAGCUGCCAGGGUACUUGUCGCCGUCCGCGGGCCUGAAGUUCGCGGACAUCCCGAACGGGCUCGGUGCGAUCUCCAAGGUUCCCGCGGCGGGCUGGGCGCAGAUCGUGGCGUACGGCGCGUUCUGCGAGCUGUCCCAGGACCAGUCCGCUGGCACCGCCGCCGCGGCGGGUGACUUCGGGUUCAAGGUGCUGACGUCCAGCGAUGCUGGGGAGAAGCAGAAGAAGUUGGCAGCUGAGAUCGCCAACGGUCGUCUGGCCAUGAUGGCGAUCAUCGGCAUGUUCUUCCAGGACGGCCUGACCGGCUCUGCCUGGGGCGACUGGGCGCUCUACACUGGAUCCCCGCUGCGCGCGUUCGAGAGCGAGCUGGGCGUGCAGGACCCGAUGGGUUUCUGGGAUCCAGCCGGCUUCACAUUUGAUGGGAACUCUGAGAAUUUCGCGCGCCGCCGGCAGACGGAGCUCAAGCACGGUCGUGUGUCCAUGCUGGCCACCAUGGGCUACAUCACUCCCGAGGUCAGCGGCAAGUUCCCUGGGUACUUGUCUCCAUCCUCGGAGCUGAAGUUUGCGGACAUCCCGAAUGGCCUCGGCGCUAUCUCCAAGGUUCCGGCGGCGGGCUGGGUGCAGAUCGUAGCCUACGCCGCGUUCUGCGAGCUGUCCCAGAACCAAUCCCCGGGCACGCCUGCGGCGGCGGGCGAUUUCGGUUGGAAGGUGCUCACCGCUAGCGACCCCGUGGAGAAGCAGAAGAAGUUGGCGGCUGAGAUCGCCAACGGUCGCCUGGCGAUGAUGGCGAUCAUCGGCAUGUUCUUCCAAGACGGCUUGACCGGUUCUGCGUGGGGCGACUGGGCGCUCUACACGGGCUCUCCGUUGCGCGCGUUCGAGAACGAGAAGUUGCCAGUGAUCAAGCAGUGUUAGUCCGAUUUGAUCAACGGAUUGUCAUCUCCCACUGCCUUGCUUGCCAUGUCCUCAGUACAGCAGGGAGGAUGCGGCCGCAGUGUGUUUCGGCGCUGCUUCGCGCAAGGGCCAGGACGAGUGCUCCUGGAGCAGGCCAGCACCUUCCGUCAACAGAGCUUCUGCCGCUAUCGCUUUUGCUUCGCCUCCUCGUCCUCCUUUGGCCCAUCCUCGUCGUGCAUCGCCCCGUCUCCGUCAUGCCGGUGGUUGCCGCCUCUCACUCUGCCUGGACCUGGCGCCCUUUGGGGGCGCACGCGCGGCCAACCUGGUAUCGUAGAAUCCUGGGGUCGUCCAGACCCCUCCGACUUCGCCUCGGCCCCCCCUCCUCCGCCUGCUCCACCUCCCUCCACCUGGUUGCGCUGCCGCGCACGUCCGCCACCGCGCUGUGGCUGGUGGGCCAGGGGCGGGG